UUUCUUUCUUAUAUCAGUUGAUCAAAUGGUCAGUUAAUCAUUGACCAAAUGGAGCUGAGGCACCUGCAUUGCUGUAAUGAGAUCUUCCGUAUAUCUCUGUUUUCAUGUACAAUGAAAGGAGUAAAGAUUGAGAAGCCCACAGCAUCCAUGACACCAAGAUCACCAUUGAGACAACUUCUGCAAGAGCAACAAGAACCUUUCGAGUUGGAGGAUUACCUUUUUGAGAGAGACUACUACUCGAGAAAGAGCUUGAGUAGCGGCAGUGGUUUUGCCUGCAGCGGUGGAAAAUUGGACAGCAUUAUGAGGUUUGGAAAGGGACUUGUAGAGAUUAAUAAGAUGCUGAAGAAUUCGUGUAAGAAGCUUGUUUCCAUCAAUAAGAAGCAGCAAACUAAGGAUUUGGGAAAAAAUGGUUGGAUUUUUAGUGUUGGCUGCAAGAGAGUUGCAGAAUCAGACAACUUUUCUUCUCCCUGUAGCUCCCAAAAGAUGGUCUGUUCCGUUUCUGAAAAAGAUAAUGAAGAAACAUCGCCUCCGACAAGAAGACAACAUGCUAAUUCAUCAACUUCAAACACUUUCCAAGCUCCAGAACCCUGCAACUUUCAAGUACUGAAGGCUGCGGCAGGAAAAGAGCUGGUAUCUAGGAGUAUGAAACCAAGGAAGCGGAGUCUAAUUCAAGCAAGACCAAACGAUGAUCGAUUAUGCAAUGGCAUUCCUCUACAGAAGAAAGUUCCAGAAGACUCAAUUCUGUCAGCCACUCUCUGGGAAUUACUUCUUUACUCUGCAGCAACGGAGAAAACAAGUGACAUGGAGACUGCAGAACUGCAGGAACUUGUAACAUCCAAUCCUGCAUCUCAGCUCCUGAUAUCAAAAAGAGUAAUACAUCAAACAAAGCAGCUACUUUUUAACUGUGUAAGGGAAGUGGUGAAGGCCCAUUCCAAGCAAGGCAGUCGAAUGGGUUCUGAAGAAGCUAGGAGGAUCAUCUGUGAGAAGGAAGCCAUUGGGAAAGAAGCAAACUUAUCAAAUUUACUCUUCUCAGAUUACUUCUUGUCAGCAGCAGAAUGGAGGGAUUUCAAGCCGCAAAAGCAGCUUAUAGGAACAGAGAUUGGAGAAUUCAUUCUCAAAGAGAUCAUUAAUGAAGUUGUAACUGAACUAACCGAUAAUCUAUGACCAACAACCCUCUGUCUUCAGCUAAACCAAGAUUUCAAUGCAUAUAUUCUCCAGAUUAAACAUGCCAAAAAAGAAGAAAAGACAAAACAAGAAGCAUUCUACAUCAUUUAGUAUAUAGAAGUUUCCCAAUGUUCUAGCCAAAAAAAGAAGA